AUGAAGCGUCAGAACAUCCGAACGCUCUCGUUAAUUGUGUGCACUUUGACGUAUCUGCUCGUCGGAGCCGCCGUUUUUGAUGCGCUCGAGACGGAGAACGAGAUUUUGCAGGUUUGCAAUGCAAGAAGAAUUUUUAUCUUUUUUAGAAAAUUUUUUCAUGGAAUGUGAUCAACUGACGAAAUGUAUAGAAAAGUGAACUGUGCUCAUAGAAAAAUAAUUGUAAAUUUAGCUUUUCAUACAAAAAAGUUAGGGCUAACGGGGGAAGACGAAAGGACAUUUUUACGGAACAACUCACAUAACUUUUUUGUAUGAAACGCUAAAUUUACAAUUAUUUUUCUAUGAGCACAGUUCACUUUGCUCUUCAUUUUGUCAGUUGAUCACAUUCCAUGAAAAAAUGUUCUAAAAAAGAUACAAAUUCUUCCGUGUUCUUCUGUUCAGCUCUGGUUUUUCAUAGACCGUUUGUUAGGGCACGUACACUGUCCGAGUCCCAAAAAUUGUGGUCGUGGCCGAGAAAACCGCUGGGCUAUGGAAUCACAAUCCGCAGAAAUUAUUUGUUUCAAGAACUGUGUAAAACAGUAAAAAACCAGAGACAUUUCAGCGAAAACUCGUGGCAAAAGUGCGUGAAAAGCUGAAGACCAAGUACAAUAUGUCGAACGCGGACUACGAGAUUCUCGAGGUAUUGAUUCACACCCGUUUCGUCAAUUUUUUCAAUGUUUUCAAGGCGACAAUAGUGAAAAGUGUGCCGCACAAGGCCGGAUAUCAAUGGAAGUUCAGUGGCGCGUUCUAUUUCGCGACCACCGUUAUUACGACUAUCGGUGAGCUCUCGAACAUUUAUUUUCUAGAUUUUCCGGGUCUGUAGCGCGUUUUGAACCGAAAUUUCGUUCAGGUUACGGUCACAGUACCCCGAUGACGGACGCCGGAAAGAUUUUUUGCAUGCUCUAUGCGUUGGCCGGAAUUCCGCUGGGUCUCAUCAUGUUCCAGAGCAUUGGUGAGUGAUUCUGGGUUCGAUUUUGAUUGAAUGGAAAAAAAAGUGAACAUGUUCUAUUUCAUGGUGUCUUCUGAACAUUUUGAAGCAGUAAAUACAAUUAGUUUCAAUUGAAAACUUUGUCAAACUCUUGAUUUGACACCUAUGGUUGCGAAAAUCGCGUGUAACUUGAGAAUGAAACAUUUUGAAGAAAUGUUGUCAAUUGCAAAGUUGUAGAGCUUGAAAUUUGCAACAUUUUUUGUGUUGACAACUUGUUAAUAAAAUUACUGGUUCUCGAGAUAUAGACCUCAGAAUUUAAAACAAAAAAGUUGGUUUUUUUGAUACCUCAGAUCAGGUCCUAAAAGUGAUUAUACGGAGAAAUGAAGUACUACAAACGUGUGUAACUUUUCAUGUUCUAUCCAAAUACUUGAGAAAAAUUUGAUUUCAGGUGAACGCAUGAACACAUUCGCCGCCAAAUUGCUCCGAUUCGUGCGAAGAGCCGCCGGAAAGCAGCCAGUCGUCACUUCUUCCGAUCUCAUCGUAAUUUGCACCGGCUGGGGAGGACUUUUGAUUUUUGGAGGUUGGUUUUCGCAGAAACGUACAAUAUUUAUAGUCCAAGGCGUCCUAAACCAUCAAAAUGUUUUUUUUUUGAAACAUGCAUUUUUCAGGUGCCUUCGCCUUCUCUAGCUACGAAAAUUGGACGUACUUUGACGCGGUCUACUAUUGUUUUGUCACUCUGACCACUAUUGGUGAGUUACAAUAGAGGUACAAUAUCUCGGAGAAUUCUAGCCACUAGGCCAUCCGGACACCUUUCGGUUUUCGGCGCAUAACUCCGCGGGCGUUCGAGAUACGCGAAAACGUUCAACUGACAAAAUGUAGAGCAAGAAAUUCUCUAUCCGAAUAUGCUUACAGGAUUCGGCGACUACGUGGCCCUUCAGAAGCGCGGCUCGCUCCAGACACAACCCGAAUACGUCGUCUUCUCGCUCGUCUUCAUUCUGCUCGGACUGACCGUCAUUUCGGCCGCCAUGAACCUUCUCGUCUUGCGCUUUUUGACGAUGAACACUGAGGACGAGAGAAGAGACGAACAGUUCGUUGCCUUUUGUUUUCUUGAAAAUUUUUUGAAACCGGAUCAUUUUUGAUUAGUGACAUACUUAAAGUUUGCGAGUUACAGAAAGUUAUAUUUUUCAAAGUAAUGCGAAAAAUCCAAAACUUCCUAUUUUCAGUUUUACAAAAAGUGGCUGAAUUUCUGAAUUUUGCUGAAUUUUGAAAGUUUCAGAUUAUCGAUUUUUUCGUCGUCACGGCACAGAAAAAAUCAUAACUAUUUUUUAAAUAUUGCAAAUAAAUUUGUACAGUGAAAAAACGAUUGAAAAUUUAAGAAAUUUGCACGAAAACCGAAAAAAAUCGGAAGAAAGGGGAAUUUCAUCCGGGGACUAGUAAAAUCUAGGCCAGCUCUUCCAUUUCGCCGUGUUCUUCUCUCGGUACCAUUAACUUUUUUGAACAAAAUCUUAAAAAUCGGGGAAUUUUUUUCGUAAUUCGGGACUUUGGGAAAGUGAAUGCCCCACUUCGAAUUUUAUUUUAAAAAUAUGUUGUAUGUCACGUUGGACACCACCUUUAAUGCUCAAAUGCCAUCCUGCGUUUUAAUACGUUCAAGAAUCUAGAUUGAGGCAAUAAUAGGACUCUGAAACUGUAAUGAUUUUUCGCAAAAUUUUCAGAGAAGCGAUCCUGGCCGCUCAGGGACUGGUCCGAGUCGGAGACCCGACGAUCGACGACGAUUUCGGCGGCAGACUGCCGCUUUCCGAUAACGUUUCAGUGAGUUUUAACGAAACCCCUCUUUUUUCGAUACCCGAUGAUCGGAUCGGUCUGAAACUUGGACCCAACAUACUUGAAUUCAAGUCCAAGAAGUCUGCAAAGUUUCAUUUGAUUGCAGCUCGCUUCUUGCUCGUGCUAUCAACUUCCGGACGAGAAACUGCGUCAACGUCAUCGAAAAAACACUGAAAGUGCGCAUGGAGGACCGCCGACUUUUUCCGGAAUGACCACGAGGCCGAAAUUUUGA